AUGUCGGGAUCGUUUUGGAAGUUUAGUAAUGGAUUUACUUCACUCUCCAACGUUCUGACUUUGUUGGAACGGUACAACUCUAGUAAGAAUGAUAUUGAUUCUGAAUCAGAGGAGCAGCUGCUUAAGUUAAGGGGAGAGAAGGACGAUGAGAACUCUACGGAGGCGGUUUUGAGUCGAUUAUUGGACGAAAGUGACUUGCUUCAGGAAUUGUUGAGCAAUAACUCGAUGUUGUUGGAGUUUUUGAGAGACGAGAGUGUGUUAGAGUUGUUGGUAGGGUUUGUGGUGAACGAAGCAAGUGAGAACGAAGCCGCCAGGGAAGCAGCGGGCACCGGCAAGGAAAUCGGAGAAGUGGAGAAAGAGCAUGAUUCUGAGGAGGUGACUGAGAAGGAAGCUGGUGAAAGUGAAGCUCAAGCAGGCAACGCUGAUGCCACUGCUGAAGCUGAUGCUGCUACUGAUCCUACUACUGCUGCUCCUACCAUCGACGAAAGCGAAAAGAAUGAGCUACUCAGCGAAAAGGACGAUGACAUCAACGAAAAGGACGACUAUGAAAAGGACGACAGCGAUAACGAAGUUGAAAACGAAAAGGAUGAAAAGCUGUCUGAUAUCGAACCCGACUCGGACGAGGACGAGGACAACUAUAAGCUGGAAACAGACCUUGACACGUCUGCCAACGAUGAUGAAGAGGAUGAAGACACAGAGAGUGAGGAUGAACGCAAAACCCGUCAUGCCACGUUGGCAGCUGAGAUCUUGGCUGCUGAUGUGUGGUCGUUGACAGAUACUGUCAUGGAGUCCACCGCUUCCUUGAACACUUUGUGGAGCAUAUUGGACACCACGACACCGCUCUCGAUCAACUUAUCCACGUAUUUCAUGAAGAUUAUGGAGCACUUGCUAGACAUGAAAUGCGAUGAAAUGAUAACGUACUUAAUAGAUAAUCAGCCGAAGUUGGUGGCCAAGUUUAUGAAUCACUUAUCCAACCCUCCCUUGAUGGACUUUCUUUUAAAGUUAAUUUCCACUGACAAGCCAGACAAUUCCACAGGAAUAAUUGACUUUUUACAGAAUCAAGGGUUGAUUGACCACUUGAUCCAAGCAUUAGAGAUAGUAGAGGGAGCAGCUGAUUACUCUGAAGGAGACGCAUUGCUCAAACAAUCAUCUGCUGCUGAUUUCCUUAAAGCUCUUAUAACCAUAUCAGCCAAUUCCACGUCUGAUACAUCUAGUAUCGGACCAAAUGAAUUGACCAGAGAGUUGGUUUCAUACAAGCAGAUGCUGAAUUUAUGUGACAUAAUGUUAAAGGGGGACUACGCAUUGGCCAAUGGUGUUGGUAUAAUAAUAGAAAUUAUAAGAAAAAAUAACUCAGACUAUGAUUUACUCCCAGUGUUGUACAUUACGUUGGAAAGCCAUCCACCAACUGGUAGAGAUCCAAUUUAUUUGGGCCAUCUACUAAAAGUCUUUGGCGAUAAGAUUGAAGAGUUCAACAACUUACUUUUGAAAUCACAUGAAAAUAAAGAAGGAGGUUUCAUGAAAAAUGGAAAAUUAAGAACCCCCUUCGGAGAAAUUGAGCCCUUGGGAUUCGAAAGGUUCAAAAUUUGUGAAUUGAUUGCUGAAUUAUUGCAUUGCUCCAACAUGGCACUCUUGAACGACAAUAAGGGAUUUGAUAUCGUCAAGGAAAGAGAUCAAUUAAGGAAAAAAAUGAAAGAAUACGAUCCAAUCAGUUUCAAGUACAAUGAGGUUAUCGUAUUGCCUAGUGGAUUCGAUAAAAAGGAUGAUACAGAGACUUCUGGCGAUGAGCAAUCUGCUAGCGCUACUGAAAAUGCAGACGACCAAGUUGCAUUUGAUUUGAAUAGAUUAAGAGUGAACGAACUUGAGCAUGAACGAGAUUUGGAAAAUUUCGGCAACGACACUGUUGAUUCAUUUAACGAAGAUGGAGACGACGGAGAGGUGGGUGCGCUCGACGAAGAAGAUUCAUUCCAAAAUGAUAUGCAAGGAAGAGACGGAGAGGAGCACGAUGAAGAUGGAGAAGAGGAAGAAACGCACGCAAAUGCCAAUCUCACAGAAGCCCAAAUCAGAGCUAAGCCAGUCAUCGGAGAUUUCCUCAAGAUCUCCUUAUAUGAUACACAAAUAAUCUCAAACAUUUUAACUAUGUUCUUCAAGUUCCCUUGGAACAAUUUCUUGCAUAACGUUGUAUUUGAUAUUGUCCAACAAGUAUUGAAUGGAUCUAUGGAUAUUGGAUUCAACAAGUUUCUUUCCAUGGAUUUAUUCGAUAGGGGAGAUAUCACUAACAAGAUUGUCAAUGGACAAAAGGAGUGUACAGAAUAUGAAUUAACCAACAAUGGAUUAAGAUUAGGAUAUAUGGGACAUUUAACCUUGAUUGCCGAAGAGGUGGUUAAGUUCAUUCAACUAUACCCAGCUAACACCUUAAGUGAAUUAAUAGAUGUGAAGGUUGAAGAUAAAGUGUGGGAAGAGUAUGUCAGUCAUGUAUUGUACGAUACCAGAGAGAAGUAUAACGCUAUCUUAGGAGGUGGAGAGGACGAUGAUGACGACGACGAGGAUGAAGAUGAAGAGGCUUCCAAUACGUUUGAUGAAGGAGUUGGAGAAAUAUUAGAAGACGAAGAAAAAUCUGUGACCACAUCCAACGGAUUAUUGUUGGAUCCUACUAUCGACCACGACAUCCUUUCCGCUGCAUACGAUGAGGAUUAUAAUGAACACGAGGAAGAUGUCGUUAACAGAGAUAGUAAGCACCAGCCACUGGUAUCAUCCGAUGAGUCAGAGUCUGAAGAAGAUGACGAUCAUUUUUCCAACUACAUGUCGCUGCAAUUGUCUAACACUAAUAUAACUGAAACCAAGUUACCAUCUCCGACUACAAAGAUGUCGGAUGAUGAAGACGAUGAAGAGGAAUCCAGUGAAGAGGAAGAAAGCGAAUAUAUCAGAGGUAAUGUGUCUCCUAGCAACGACGUAAUUGUAGGAGGCGAGGACGAUGUUGAUAAUGAUGACGAAUACAUUGACCCCAACGAUGAUGGACUCUCCUAUAAAAAGAGUGCACAUCCACUUUAUGACUCCAAGGGAGCAUUGAUUUCCAUGGCCGGCGAUGAUGUCGACGAAGAAGAACUAAGCGAGGACUCAUCUGGCCCAAGUUCUGAUGACGAUGACGAUGAUGAUGACGACGAUGAUGACGACGAAGAAAUAAACGCUGUUAAGAAAGUUAACAGUGGCAAGGGUACGGGCAACAAGCUCACCAGAGCGGCAAGCAAGAGCUAG